GCAUCCGGGUCCUGGGACUCCGCUCUCCUCUCCGGGCCGGGUUCUCUCCUGGGCUGCUGUGUGUUAGUUGUUCCGGCUGUUCCAGCAUCGACCACGCAGAUUUAAACUUCUCGCUCUGGGAACUGUGCAUCACCAUAAUGAGGCUUGUAAUUCUUGAUAACUAUGAUUUGGCUAGUGAAUGGGCAGCAAAGUACAUCUGCAAUCGCAUCAUUCAGUUCAAACCUGGACAGGACAGAUACUUUACAUUGGGCUUACCAACAGGGAGUACACCUUUAGGUUGUUAUAAAAAAUUAAUAGAAUUUCAUAAGAAUGGAGACCUUUCAUUUAAGUAUGUGAAGACCUUUAACAUGGAUGAAUAUGUAGGCCUUCCCAGAAAUCAUCCUGAAAGCUACCAUUCAUAUAUGUGGAAUAACUUUUUUAAGCAUAUUGAUAUAGAUCCUAAGAAUGCUCAUAUACUUGAUGGAAAUGCUAUAGAUUUACAAGCAGAAUGUGAUGAUUUUGAAAAAAAAAUAAAAGAAGCUGGAGGAAUUGACCUUUUUGUUGGAGGAAUUGGUCCAGAUGGUCAUAUCGCUUUCAAUGAACCAGGAUCCAGUUUAGUUUCAAGGACAAGAUUAAAGACUCUAGCAAUGGACACCAUUUUGGCAAAUGCUAAAUAUUUUGAUGGAGAUUUAUCAAAGGUUCCAACUAUGGCUCUAACAGUUGGUGUGGGGACAGUAAUGGAUGCUAGAGAAGUUAUGAUCCUCAUAACAGGUGCACAUAAGGCAUUUGCUCUGUACAAAGCAAUAGAAGAAGGAGUCAAUCACAUGUGGACUGUCUCAGCUUUCCAGCAGCAUCCACGAACUAUUUUUGUAUGUGAUGAAGAUGCCACUUUAGAAUUAAGAGUUAAAACUGUGAAAUACUUUAAAGGUUUAAUGCAUGUGCACAAUAAACUUGUGGAUCCUCUAUACAGUAUGAAAGAAGGAAAUUGAAGAUUGGAGCAAAUUCUGCUUGAACAGAACACUUCAUAAGUGUAAAUGAAUUUGCAGCUAUGCAAUAUGAUAAAACCUUGGAGUUUUUUUUAAGAUGGUUAUUUUGAAUUUCAACAUUUAUAUGUUAAACAUUCCACAUUUGGAAAGUGUCCACAUUUUAUACUAGAGUUUAGAAGUCAGUGACUUUCUCAAUUAAACAGCUUUUUAUUGAAUGAAAUCUCUUAGCUACC